UCAACAUUGGCAACCCUAUAAAUGACCCUGACCUUCUGAAUUCUUCCCCUUUGCUACGGGACUUUUGAAGGAGACGGCUGAACGAGCAUUGAACGCCUCGGAAAGUUUGAACCUGUUGAGAGCCUGACUUGCAAAACUCGCUGAAGAAGCAUUUGCUGAAAACGCACUUGCCGAAGAAUCUUGUGGUGGAAGAAGAACUGCCGAAGAUGGUUCCUGGCCAGGAGCAGCACCAGGAGGGUGACCAGCUGGAAGAUGGAUCCCCAGUGUUGGGGGGACAUUCAGACAAUGUCUCUGAAGACCAGGGAAACUCAAGCUGUCGUUCACCUCCAGACUCUGUGGACUGUAUUAUCAGCUCCAGUGAAGUCCAGGUUGGUAAUAACUGCACUAGCAGUGGUAGUGGUAGCUGUACUACCAGCUCCAUUCUGAGAGUGGACCCUGCUUAUGCUGCAUCACAGCUGCUGGAGGUUCUUCCUCCAAAUUUUAAAUACAUUUGUGAAAUAGGGAUGGUUCAGAAGCCUCAAGAGGGAAUUUCUCUCUUGACUUUUCUUGAAUCCACUUGUGGACUUGACAAAUGGGAAGAGCCCAUUUUGAGUCCAGAGGAUUCCAGACCUAUCGGUACCUUGCAACAUCACCAGGUAGGUUUGGAAGGGGACACAACUUCCGUGACUUUUGGCCACCGGAUCGUCAAGAAAGCUACACGGAAGGUGGGUGCUGUGAAGGAGGAUGGUCUUUCACCAAAGAUUAGUUUUGGUACCGUGAUUCCUACCAGCAUUAUAUUCACAUGUGGACUAGAAAAACCAGAAGAGGACUUCAGAUCUAUGGGGAUCUCCCAACAUUUCCAGGUAGGUUUGGAAGAGGAUGCGGCUAAUGUGACAUCUGUGACUGGCAAAAACAGAAAGAGGACAAAGGGCAGUGGUGAUGAAGAGGAGCCCCCUGCCAAGAAGACUAGGGAGAAUCGAGCUGAAGAUGACCUCCCCUCCAAGAGGACCAGCAACAGUGGUGCUGAAGAGGUGCUCCCCGCCAAGAGGACCAGGGACAGUGGUGAUGCUGAAGAGGAGCUCCCCACCAAGAGGACCAGGGACAGUGGUGAUGGUGAAGAGGAGCCCUCUGCAAAAAGGACCAGGGAGAAUCAAGCUGAAGAUGACCUCCCCUCCAAGAGGACCAGCAACAGUGGUGCUGAAGAGGUGCUCCCCGCCAAGAGGACCAGGGGUAGUGGUGAUGGUGAAGAGGAGCCCUCUGCAAAAAGGACCAGGGAGAAUCAAGCUGAAGAUGACCUCCCCUCCAAGAGAUCCAGGGACAGUGGUGAUGCUGAAGAGGAGCUCCCCACCAAGAGGACCAGGGACAGUGGUGAUGGUGAAGAGGAGAUCUCUGCCAAGAGGACCAGGGACAGUGGUGAUGGUGAAGAGGAGAUCCCUGCCAAGAAGACUAGGGACAGUGCUGCUGAAGAUGAGCCCUCUGCCAAAAGGACCAGGGACAGCAAUGAUGAAGAGGAGCCCCCUGCCAAGAAACCCAGUUGGGAGGAGGGCCUUCAAGGCAUUGGCAGAUAUGGUAAAGAAUGGGAGAAUGAGCCCGUUCAGUCAACUCCUGUGUUCAUUGCCUACCAUAAGACAGACCAUGAAGAUCCUAUUCUGUCAUCCCCUGUUCCCAUUUUGUCACCCUGUGACUUCAGUCCUUCAUCUAAAAUGAGAUGUGAGGAUCCCACUCUGUCACCCCCUCCGUUCAGUCCCUUAUCAGUGACAUCCUUGGAGGAUCCCAUUUUGUCACCCUAUGAUUCCAGUCCUUCAUCUAAAAUGGGAUGUGAGGAUCCCAGUCCAUCACCCCCUACGUUCAGUCCCUUAUCAGUGACAUUCUCGGAGGAUCCCAUUUUGUCACCCUGUGAUUUCAGUCCUUCAUCUAAAAUGGGAUAUGAGGAUCCCAGUCCAUCACCCCCUACGUUCAGUCCCUUAUCUAUGACACACUUGGAGCAUCCCAAUUGGUCACCACUCUUCAAUUCUUCCCCAUCAAUGUCAUGGGAGGAUCCCAUUCUGUUUUCCCCUGUCCCUAGUCUUAGUCUCUCACCAUCAACAUACUCCAGAGAACCACUUUGGUCAUCCUCUAACUUCAGUUUCUCGAUGGGGUCUGACGAGGACAUAGAAGAGGAUCCAAUACCUUCAACAUCUGACGGAAUUACAGGAAGAGAGGGUUUCAGAGAGUUGUGGUUUAGACCUCACUACGACUUGUCUAGUGACUCUGAUUAG